CUGAGUUCCUCACUCUUAUAGAGUGUUCUUGUUGCUGUUUAGUAGUGUAGGUUAGCAUUCUUCCAGACCAUGUCAAGAGAUCCUCUUGUCGUUGGCCAUGUCGUCGGCGAUGUGUUGGACUCAUUCACCAAGUCUGCAUCACUUAGGGUGCUUUACAACAACAAGGAGCUGACGAAUGGGUCUGAGCUCAAGCCGUCGGCGGUGGUGCAUGAGCCAAGGGUUGAGAUCGGAGGACGUGACAUGAGGACCCUUUACACACUUGUGAUGGUGGACCCUGAUGCACCAAGUCCAAGCAAUCCAACCAAAAGGGAGCACCUGCACUGGUUGGUGACGGACAUUCCUGAAACAACUAAUUCUAGUUUUGGAAAUGAAAUAGUGGGCUAUGAGAGUCCACGACCAACAGCUGGGAUUCAUCGUUUUGUGUUUGUGUUGUUCCGACAAGAGGUCCGACAGACUAUUUAUGCACCUGGAUGGCGACAAAACUUCAAUACCAGGGAUUUUGCAGCACUUUAUAACCUUGGACCGCCUGUAGCUGCAAUGUACUUCAACUGCCAAAGGGAGAAUGGUUGUGGUGGAAGAAGGUACCAACCUGUCAGUGGAUGGACAUGAUGACCUGUUCUGAAGUGUCAACCAUUUGAUAGGUCAGUCAUACAAAUGGAUGAAUAUUCAGUGUGAAGCCUGGAAAUAAGACUUCAGCUUUCAGGAUGACUUAUCAUACAACAAAUGGUCAAAUGUUUAUGAUUCACAGUUUCCAGAGUCCCCAACAACUCCCCCCUCCACUUCCCUUUUUCUUGUUUUUCCCCUUCUGUGUGUGCAAGUUUGCUUUGCUUCUCUAAGCUACUAAAAUGAAAAGGAUUGUGUCGCAGUUCCGCAAUAUGUCCUCUAUUUUGCUAUAUGAUGUAAAGGAAA